AUGAACAUACCAGGUCUUCAAGGUGGCGGCAAGAAUCCUCAGUUGAGGAAAGGGCCGGACAACAACAGCUCGGAGGAAAAUGCGAAGAAAGAGGGAAAUACUUCGAACGCAGCUGGGCAAGCCGUUAACUCCGCUCUUUUCGUCUCCAGCUCGAAAUACCUCAGUGAUUUGCUGAAACAACGGGAUUUCUGCGAGCGCGAAUGUUUCAGUCAGGAAUUAAGUUCUUUGAAUUGCUCGAAAUUCUUGAGCUCAAAAUCUCGAAACCCGAAUCAAUGCAUUCAGUCAACUCUCUACAUCCCAAUGGUCAUCGUGAUUCUAUCCUUGGCUCUUCAACUCAUCUACGGCCUCAUCUCCGUCGGAAAGCAACGAGGAAUCCCAUGGGUUGGAGAUUUUUCCUCGGAAAUUCCAGCCGUCGCUCGCCUUGGAAAGAAGUGGCUAAAGGCUGAAAUGUGCAUUGCUCUGCUUAUCAAGAAGCCAACUAUUGAUAUUCUUACCCUCGGCGACAGUAAUUCCUGUAAAUCAACGAUCGGUCACCUCAUCUUCAAAUGUGGUGGUAUCGAUGGCCGAGCUUUUGAGAGAAUCAAAAAAAGAGAAGAAGCAGCAGGUGGAAAAGGAUCCAUUGACUAUGAAACUCUUCUGAGCAAACUCGUUGACGAGGAACAAAUUGAGGGCGGCAAUAAACAUUAUUGGAAAUUUAAAACGAACAAUUAUGCUGCCAAUAUCAUUGAUACUUGCGAACCUGAUGAUAUCAAAAAAAUGAUGAGAGUUGCUACAAGCAAGGUCGAUUGUGCCCUCCUUAUCCUUUCUGCUAGGGAAGUUGAAGCCAGUUUCUCAAAGCACGGUCAGAUUCGAGAGGAUGCUCGUCUUGUUAGUCUUCUUGGCAUUGACUUUAUCGUUUGUGUUGAUGACAUGGAGUCAAUAUUAAACGAGAAUCGAUUCAAUUAUAUCACCGUUAAAAUUUCCGAAUAUCUCAAGCAGAUCAGCAUCGACCCUGAAGCCGUUCCCUUUAUCCCGAUCUCGGCAUUGCACGGUGACAACAUCGUUGAGCCUUCAACCAACAUGGCCUGGUACAACGGAUGGAAUAAGAAAAUAGAAGAAGGCAGGUUCUCCGGAAAGACGCUGGUUGAAGCGCUAGACGCGAUUAUCAAUCCAAAACGAGUAUCUCUCGAUACUCUCACAGAAUCACUUCGUAAGCCACUGCGACUUCCUGUCAAUCAAGUUUUUCAUUUCAAUGGUGAAUAUCAUAUAACUGGUCGAGUCGAGACAGGUGUCAUCAGGGUUGGAAUGGACGUCUCCUUCUCUCCCCUCAAGCUCAAAGGAGAAGUUGAGUCGAUAAGCUUGAUAAAUUUGGGCGUGUCGAAGUUUUCCAGACAGGUUUCUGAAGCUUCUAUCGGUGACACAGUUGGAUUCACUCUCAAAGAUACAAAGAUAAGAAAAUCAACGAAGCCUUCAGAAGGUUCCAUCUCCAUCGAUGAAAUAAAAAGAGGAACCGUUGUCUCUGACCCCAAGAACGACCCUGCCAAGGAGGCGAAGACUUUUAAAGCUGAAAUAACAGUUUUGAACCACCCAACUCGUAUCACUGGCGGCUACUCCCCGAGAUUAAAAUGUAACAAUCGGUCCUUUCCUUGCCAGUUUACAAAACUCCUGGCAAAAAUAGAUAGAAGGUCUAAUAAAUCGCUUGAGGACUCUCCUGAGUUUCUUAAAAAUGGUGAUACUGCUCUUGUCCAGAUUACUCCAACGGAGCCAGUUUCUGUUGAGCCUUUUAAGGACUACCCAGUCUUAGGAAAAUUUACCGUUGUAGACAUGAAACAGACCGUCGGUGUCGGUGUCAUCAUGGAGGUUGAAAAAUAUGAGAUGUGCACCGCUGAUGUAAACCAACUUUCAUCUGAAAAUCCUCUUGAAUUUGCUUAA